CCCUGAUGUUCGACUACAACACCUCUACCACGUACAUCAACGUCAUCAAACAGCUGGCUGUCGACUUCCGGUGCCACGUCAACUCUAUCCACACCGUUCCCAACCUGACCAUUUCCUUAUACAAAGGCGACCUCCACCGAUUGGUAUACAAAAGUCCAGUGGUCAAUGACCUUCAGUACACCAAACUCAUGUCGCCUUGUGAUUCAGAAGUGUACAUCUGUCGGACAGAUAUUGACAUCAUAGCUGAGAAACGGAUCACUGUUCAUGAAAAAUCGUGUGGACAUGAGGAUAGUGUAAUUAUUACAGUUUCUGUUACGCUGCCUUGUACAUUCAUUUUCCUCGUCCUUAUUAUCGGUCGUCUUGUGACCAGUGCCAGACGUAAGAUAAAACUCCGCAUCACCAACAAAAAGGCUGAAGACCGUCUAGCCGGUGAUAUACACUUGACAAGGGUUGAAACUCAAUGUAAUCAAGACAACAAGCAAGGUGAUUCAAUAAACGACCUACCGGAUUCUUAUACAGGAAGUUAACCACAGUUCAACAUCAGCUGCCGCAAAUAUUUGUUUUAUAAGAACGUGUAAAUCACA